CUCAGCCUGAGGUCCUCUUCCCGGCUCACUUACACUACAUCCACCACAAGCGCCCAUUCUGUUCUCACUCCGAAACAAUAUAACGUCCUCCCACCCUCACAACUGCCGGCCCUCUCUCUCCCUUUUCUCCCCAGGCGACUUGUCUCUGCAGCUUGUGGGCAGUUUGACUUUCUCCUCUUCCUCUCUCCUUCUCUCUCUCUCUCGUACACACACAGGCACGCACUCACGAGUCAGAGUCAUUCAGUUGACUGGGCAUAUCUCUCUCCUCUCGCACACACUCGCUACUACCUCGCACCCUUUCUCCGUCUCUUCUUCGCCCUCAAGUCACCGCCAUGCCUGCCAACAGACCCAAGUUGGCCCAACUGGCCACGCCUGUUACCAGCACCUUUCCUUCCGAGACCAUCUUCUCGGCCUCAACUCCGCUCUCGGCCAGGCCCAUGUCCUGCCGGGACCUCCCCAUCAAGACGCCCAUCAGCCCGCCCACGGCCUACACGGAUUUCCUGAAGCACAUGUCCCUCAACUCCCCAGCCGCCUUCAAACCUUCGACAUCGGGAGAAACCACGCCCGAGUCCACGCCCGAGUCCACGCCAGACUCGCUGCCCUCGACGGCAACCAGCGAGCAGACAGAUGUCUCCUGCAAGUGUGAACAUGAGCACGAGCACAAGGCCCCGGCCACCGCGCCGGCUAUCCCACCAAGCCCGUUCACACAACUGCCAAUGUCGGCGCCCCCCACCGGCGCAAACUCUUUCCCGAGCCUCAAAAUCCCGCCCUCGCCGGCGGUAUCCCAUGUGGACUCGCCCAUGAGCGCGCGGUCACCCUUCAGCGCCAGAUCCUUCCACUCGGUGUUCGACUGGGACGCGGCCCUGAAGGCCAAGAGGCUGAAUGACGCCAAGAAGCCAUCGAGGACGAGCGUACGUCACAUCCGCGAGGUCGUCACGCGGACGGUAACUUACACGCCGAGGAUGAACCCCGCGCCAAAGGGCAAGAGGAGGAAGGUGGAAUGAAUCCGCGGACCGGAAGCAAGCGACUCUGCUCUUUAUCAAACUGACACCUAACACGCUAUUCGGCUUUUACAUGGGCCGAUCUUUAUUUUCUUCUACCAUCAACCGUUACCAUCGCCAUUCAUCAUCACCACCAUCAUCUCCUCGAGCUGACAUUCAACACCCAACACUCAACCUCAACACCAUCUGAUGACCUAGGCCUAGCGCCAUAUU